UUGCUCAACGACAAAGGAGGUCGGUCGGAGCUCGAUAGUUCGCGAUAGAUGCUGUAGUGGAAAAUGUUGUCUGUUAGUAGCUUUCUCAAGUGUUCCGGAAACAGUGAAAGGAAGGAUAUUGACUGCAGCAGCGAUACAUGCGACGGAACUUCCAGUACCGCCGGUAGUGCUUCCAGGACCAAUGUAGUGAGUUCAAGUUGUGCCGGAAAGACAAGCAAUAGUGUACUGCAGACAUCAAGAAUUCCAAAAUGUGCGCGCUGUCGGAACCAUGGAGUGAUAUCCGGACUUCGAGGUCAUAAGAAGCACUGUACUUAUCGCAACUGUCGGUGCCCUAAAUGUGAGCUGAUCUUAUCGCGUCAAAAAAUAAUGGCUGCACAGGUGGCACUUAAAAGACAGCAAGCUGUGGAAGAUGCUAUAGCACUUCGUUUAGCUUCAACAGAAAUGGGAACCCAACUUGAAGCGCUGCCACCUGGGAAAAUAUACGGCAUGACUGUCACUGAACCUUGCUCUUCGCCAAAGCUGAACUCAUCUUCCCCAAUGGAUAUUACUUCCUCAACGUCACCGGAUGCUACACAGGAGAAGGAUCCUAUCGAUAACUCUCCAAACGGUAAAACAUCUAAUCUACCCAACAGUGUCCCAGUAUCUCAAAAUGCCCUGGAUAUGCUCUCUCAACUUUUUCCCCAUCGGAAAAGGUCUGUUCUUGAACUAAUUUUAAAGCGAUGCGACUCUGACCUGUUAAGGGCAAUUGAACAGUGCAGCAAAAGCCCACCUACAAGUGCAUUCAAACCACCAACAUCUACUCACAGCUCUCUAAUCUCUCACCAUCCGAUACCACUCACAUCAUCAAGUCCACCAAGCUACACAUCAUUGAUCGCUUAUCCAAAAUGGUUGCUUCCAACUAUGUCUAUUCCGAUUCCCAUGGGGCAUAUUGCCCCAAAUCUAGCCCCACGAUGUACCCUUCCGAAUUGUGUCAUGUGCUUACAUCAUCCGGUAUAGGCAGAUUUUGAUGCAAAAGAAACUUAUGUUAAAAUGUUAUCGCAAAAUAAAUGUUAAGUAUCUCAAUGUU